AUGCCGGUGGUGCACGUCGUCUCGUUCAAGUACAACGUGUCGGUAACGGCCGAGCAGCGGACCCAGCUGUACGACCACUUUGGCACGUUUCAAGACAAGUGUCUGUACACCGACAGCAAACCGUACAUUCUCGACUUCAAGAGCUCGACGCAAAACACCUCGCCUGAAAACGCAGGGAAAGGGUUCCAUCACAUCUUUAUCUCAACUUUCCCCUCGCAAGAGCCCGUCAAGUACUACCUCGAGCAGGAUCCCGUUCAUCUUGAUUUUGUUGCCAAGGUCAAACCCGCGCUGGAGGACGCCUUCAUCUACGACUUUGAGGUUUGA